AAAAAAAAUAAUAUUUUGUGCAUAUUCUAGUCAAAAAAAGAAAGAAAUUGUAAUAAAAAUAAAAAUAAUAAUAAAAAGUCAUGGAGACAAUUGAGGAGAUAAUUGAACAAGAAAUAGCAGAGCCAUUGGUUGAGGAAUCACAUCACACACAUCACAUACAGCAUCGUACUCAUCGUCAUCAUCAUAAUGGCUCAAUUGUUAUGGUAAAUACUCAAACUGGACACUUGAUACAUCGCGGUGGACAUGAGAUGAAUAAUAAUGAGCAAUUAGACCAUCAACGUGGUCGAAUAAUCACACAUGCAAGUCAGGCUGUUUCUGGUCUUGACAUGGUCAAACAAGAGCAUCCAUGCGUUGAUGUUGACAACCAACUCGAUCACCACUCAUCCCAGCAACACCACCAUCAGAAGCAAGAGACACUUUCAGUGAUUGUACAACCGCACGAUGAUUCGCGUGAUUCACAAAUUCUCAGUCCUGGCUCAGGACCAUGUACAGAAAUAAUUGAUGCAUCGGAUUUUCGUGCGAUGAAUGAGCCAACAUACCAGACAUUAACGUCAGUGAAUGGACGAAUGUCACCGCCAGGUUUUAGUCCAAAUUCAAGUUAUGCAACACUCACGCCACUUCAGCCUUUGCCACCUAUAUCGACUAUGUCGGAUAAGUUUGCUUACGGACAUGGACAUGGUCUCGGUGUAAACUCACCAUACACAUACGACAAAUCACCAUCGAUGGACAUAUCACCACCACAUAGCUACUCACCAAUUCCACAAUCAAUUUACAGUCAAAAUGGCCUUCCAUCACCUCAGAAAAGCAUGUCACCGGGAUACGAGUCUCCUUAUCAUCGUGACUUGCUAGCCUCAACACCAACAUCAAUACGUCAAAAUGGCAAUGGAAAUGGAAAUCCAAAUUUAGGUGAUCAAGCAUCGCCCGCAUCACCUCCACACAGUUACUCACCAAUACCCGACUCAAUAUACAAUGGAAUUCGACAAAAUGGAAGCAAUGGUCAACAACAGCAAAAUAUCUCAAUUACAACAUCCGCACCGAGUCCAACGUUGAGUGCACAAUCGGCUGAAUUGCAUUCACCGGUGGAUCAACAUAUGGAUAAAUUAUGGAAUGGUAAAAUGAUGGAAUCGCCAUCUAAUAUACAUCAUAAUGGUUCACAAUCUGGAUUUGUACAAAUUGGUGGUAAUGGUGGUCAACAACAACAGCAACAACAUCAUUUAACAUCACAACAGCAGCAGCCGCAUCAUCAUCACAAUCAAAAUAAUCGUGAGCUUCUCAGUGGAAGUAGUAGUGUGUCGCCCGUACCACCAAUGAUUCAGAGAAGCGAAAACACCGGAAGCAAUAGCAACACAACGUCAGGUGCAAUUCCAACAAAGAGCAGUAAAUUAUCAUCAAGUUCGCUAUCGUUAUCGAAUGAUGUUGAAGAAAUUAAUACUAAAGAAUUAGCACAGCGCAUCAGUGCUGAGUUGAAAAGAUAUAGCAUACCGCAAGCAAUUUUCGCACAACGUGUCUUGUGUCGAUCGCAGGGGACCUUGUCUGACUUGCUAAGAAACCCAAAGCCAUGGUCGAAAUUGAAGUCUGGACGAGAAACCUUCAGGAGAAUGGCAAAAUGGCUUCAAGAGCCAGAAUAUCAGAGAAUGUCGGCACUCAGACUAGCAGCUGCCCAAAUUCCACAAAGAGGAAUAAAACCAUCUCAAAAUUUUGAUGUCUACUCAUCUGAUGGUGCAGGCUGCAAGCGAAAGGAGGAGCCUGAUCAUGUGCAGACACCAAAGAAACCACGAUUGGUCUUUACUGAUCUACAGAGACGUACCUUACAAGCAAUAUUUAAAGAAACAAAACGUCCGUCCAAGGAAAUGGUCGUGACAAUUGCUCGCCAGCUCUGCUUGCAAGCCACAACAGUUGGAAAUUUCUUUAUGAAUUCCCGCCGACGCUCGUCUGACAAAUGGCAAGAGGAAUCGCACGAUGAUGGUGACGAUGGAACUCAAAAUAAUGAUGAUGAUGACGACGAUACCGGUGAUGAUGAAUGUCAAAUGGAUGCAGUACAACAGCAGGCAACAAAACAACAAAUUCAAUAUCAUUUACAGCAACAUCAUGCACAACAGCAGGCAGCACAGAAUGCGGCGCAUGAUGAGAUGUGA